AUGGAGCCGGGAUCGGGAUCGGCGGGAUCGGCGGGAUCCGGGAACGGGCGCUGGGCCGCCACCGCCUGCGUGGUGACCGGCGCUUCCCGCGGCUUCGGCCGCAGCCUGGCGCGGCUCCUGGCGCCGCGGCUGGGCCCGGGCUCGCUGCUGGUGCUGCUGGCGCGCUCGGCCGAGCCGCUGGCGGAGCUGGCGGCCGAGCUGCGGGGCACCGGGGGCACCGGGGGCACCGGGGACACCGAGCUGCGGGUGCUCAGCCUGGCCGCGGACCUGGGCUGCGAGGACGGGCUGCGCAAGGCGACCGCUGCCCUGCGGGAGGUGCUGCCCGCAGAGCCCUUCGGCCGCCUGAUCCUCGUCAACAACGCCGGCUCCCUGGGAGACAUCUCCAAAUCCUUCCUGGACCUCACCGACCCCGAUGAGAUCAACGCCUACCUCGCCUUCAACGUCACCUCAGCGCUCUGCCUCACCUCCACGGCCCUGCAGGCCUUUGGGAAGCGGCCUGGCUGCCGCAGGAGCGUGGUGAACAUCUCCUCCCUCUGUGCCCUGAAGCCCUUCAGGAGCUGGGCUCUGUACUGCAGCGGGAAGGCCGCCAGGGAGAUGAUGUUCCAGGUGCUGGCGCUGGAGGAGCCCGAUGUCCGUGUGCUCAGCUACGCCCCAGGUCCUCUGGACACGGACAUGCAGCUCCUGGCCCGGACCGAGACGGGAGACCUCGAGAUGCGUCGGUUCUUCCAGAGCCUGCAGGAGAGCAGCAAGCUCAUCGACUGCACUGUGUCAGCCCAGAAGCUGGUGAAGCUCCUGGAGGAGGACACCUUCCAAUCUGGAGCCCACGUGGAUUUCUAUGACAUCUGAACUCCUGUCACCUCCAACCCUUUGCCUUCCUGCUUUGCUUCCUUGCUGAGCCACGUCCUGGGUGUCUGCAGCGUGGUUGGUGACCCUGUUUGAGUCCUGGGAAGCUUUCAGAAGCACCUCUGGGUGCCUUGUAAAUACUCCUGGUGCCUUGGUGGGGAUUGGGGGGGCAGUUACUGCUGCUGAGCCCUGCAGGGAUC